AUGAAAAAGAGAAUAAAGUCUCAUGAUUUCAAUUUAGCAUACGAGGUAUAUCAACAGGAGAAUUGUUUUGGAUUAACUGAAAAUGCAAUUAUACCAAAAAAUAUAGAUAAAGAGAAUUAUAAGCCACGGACAUUGAUUGAUCAAACCUUAGAAUUAAUUGAUCCAACUCCUAAUAUUUAUACAUUGUUCAUGCAAUUCAAUGAGCGCUUUUUCUGGAAUGUUUUAUUGCCUGUUGAAGUUAAAUGGAGUAGUAGAAUGACAAGUUGUGCCGGAGUAUGUACUUUUCAUUCAAGAAAUAGGCAAUGUGUAAUUUCACUGAGUGCCCCAUUGUUAAAAUUAAGGCCAAGAAAAGAUCUUGUGGAAACUCUAUUGCAUGAAAUGAUUCAUGGGUAUUUAUUUCUAACAAACAAUAAUCGUGACAGAGAUGGACAUGGGCCAGAGUUCUGUAAACAUAUGAAUAGAAUAAAUAAUAUAGCUGGAACAAAAAUAACUAUAUAUCAUAGCUUCCACGAUGAAGUUAAGCUUUAUCAACAACAUUGGUGGAGAUGCAAUGGUCCUUGUCAGAAAAGGGCCCCAUAUUUUGGUACAGUACGUAGAGCUAUGAAUCGUCCACCAGGUCCAUCUGAUUUUUGGUGGAAAGAACACAAACUGAAUUGUAAUGGUCAGUUUAUUAAAAUAAAAGAGCCAGAGAACUUUAAAGCAAAAGGUUCAAAAAACAAAGACAAAGAAAAAUCUACUCCAGAAAGUCAUGGUUCACCAAACAAUAUACUUAACUGGCUUAAUGGAAAACCCAUUUCCAGUAUUACUGACAAGUCAUUUACAUCUACUCCAAAAAAUGUCAAAUCAAUUUCAAACAUUCAGGGUUUGCAAAAUGGAUUGAAAAAGCUUGGAAAUAAUACAAACAAUGUACAUGGGUGGGGUACAGGAGGUCCAGGUAGUUCAAAUUAUUCGAUAAAGAAUACAUCUGUUUGCAGUACACAAUUUUCUUCUUCUGGAACUAUUGGAGGUUCCAAUACAGGAAAAAGCAAUUUAUUAGACAAAUUUAGUAACAAUAAAAAAUAUUUUGAAUCAGAUGUGAAUAUUCAGGUACUAGAUAAAACAAUUAAUACAUUUAUUAAUGGAAAAUUGGAAAAAUCUAGUAAUUCAAUUAAGGAAAUAAAGCUUGUAGAGUGCCCUGUAUGUGAUAACUUUAUAUCAAAUAAUGAUCUAAGUAAACAUGUAGAUUUGUGUUUAACGACAAGAGACAAACAAUCAACUUGUAAAGUUAGCAUUAGUAAAAUACAACCAAAAGAAGGGGAUUUUAUGUUGUCACGGAAAAGGAAAAUUGAUAUGGAUACAUCUUUAAAUAAGCAACCUAAGUUAGAUAAAUCAAGACUAAUAGAUUGUCCUGUAUGUAAUAGAAGUUUCGUACUUAAUGACAUAAAUGAACAUCUUGAUAAAUGUCUUUCAGAAACAGAUGUAGAUGAUACAAAUCCAUCUAAAAGUAAUAGUAUAAUUUCUGUAAGUAGCUCGCCUAGUGAAAAUUUAUCUUCCUCAGUUAUUGAUGACUUAGAUAUUUAUCGCGUUACAAAUUCUAACUUAAACCAGGUAACCAAAACUAAUGAUUUCAAAUGUUUAGUUUGUAAUGUUUUCAUUCCUCCUGAGAUUUCUUUGAAGGAUCACUUAGAAGAUUGUAUUGGAAGUGUAUUCAAUGAUGACUCAACAGAUUUUGAUAACAAGAGAACAGCAGACACAGUUCUAGAAAUAUCAUCCAAUCAAACUGAUAAAUAUCCCUGUCCUGUUUGUAUGGAAUUAAUAUUAGAAUUUUCUAUGAAUCAACAUUUAGAUUUAUGUCUCAAAAGCACGUAA